UUCUGUUUUUUCGGAGGAAAACAAAAGCCAGUUAACAUCGGGAAUACGCAAAAUUAGCAUUGGAAAUUAGUGCCGUUACAUGAAUUGUGACUGUACACCAGAGCAACACAGCGAUAUCUAACGUGGAGAAUUUGAGGGUCCAUCAGCACUCCUAAUGAUACAUCAGCAUUAAGGCUACAUCCAUACUUCCUAAGGAUGGCUAGUUGUGGGGAGGUAGACCACUCUGUUAGCUCGCUUCCCACCAGUAAGAAGGGCGGCAACAGUGGUGGUGGAAGUGGGAACAGUGCAGAAUCAUCAUGUUCCAGCUCCAGCAACUCAUCCCCAGCCCUGUCUGUACCGGAGUGUGCCAUCUGUCUGCAGAGCUGCGUCCACCCAGUCCAACUGCCAUGCCAUCACGUCUUCUGUUUCCUGUGUGUGAAGGGAGCAUCCUGGCAGAGCAAACGCUGUGCGCUCUGUAGACAGGAAGUACCGGAUGACUUCCUGGAAAGGCCAACCCUUCUCUCUCCGGAGGAGCUGAAAGCAUCGGCAGGAGGUCGGGGUGGGGCAGCAAGUGAUCACGCCUGGUACUACGAGGGCCGUAACGGUUGGUGGCAGUAUGAUGAGCGAACCAGCCGCGAGCUGGAGGACGCUUUCUCCAAGGGCAAGAAGACAGCUGAAAUGCUGAUUGCUGGGUUUUUGUAUGUAGCCGACUUGGAGAACAUGGUUCAGUACAGGCGCAACGAGCACGGUCGUAGACGCAAGAUGAAGAGGGACGUUUUGGAUAUCCCCAAGAAGGGAGUGGCGGGACUGCGUUUGGACACUGAGGGUGGCACUGGGGCAAUAGGAGCAGCAGGUCGAGAAAACUCAGCUGAUGGGGCUGAUACCACAGUAGCAGGUGUACAACAGCAGGUUACAGGUAUCUCCUCUACUGUUACAGCCCCUUCAGCAACUACCAGACCACCCACUUCCCUGGGCGGUCAGCCGGGCAGCAGCAACAGCAGUCCCUCUCUGGAGGAUGCUCUUGCGCAGCUGCAAAUCAGCCCCAGGCCCACUCCCUCCCAUGACCGGUCUGAGGCUGGCGAGGGAGAAGAAGAAGACGAGGAGGAGGAGGCUUCACCCUCCAGGUCCUCUGACCCUCAUACCUCUGUGGACGAGUCUGGCUCUGGAGACUGGAGCGAUGACGAGGAGGAGGAGGAGGAUGAAGAGGAGGGAGGAGACGGAGAGCGUGUGGAGCCUUGGGAGGGUAGGCCACGAAGGCAAAGACUGAACCCAGAGGACAGAGCCCCCCCUGGUGCAGAGUCCACCUCUCCCUCUUCCUCAUCCAGUAGCACUGGAAGGUCCAGAAUGCCUGAUGGCCAGUGUACAGUGACUGAAGUGUAAAGUCGUCAUUGAUACCAUCAUCACCAUCAUUGAUACCAUCAUAAUGAAGCCUUUCCUUCACCAAAUGGCUUUGUUCCAUUACAUUAAUUUAUUCUUUACUUUAUGCUGUCGUUCACUGUGUCACAGAUCGGAUGUGGGUGGUUUGCUUGGUACCAGACAAAUGAAGCAUUACACACUAAAUAACAAAUAUAACCAUGUUUUUCAGUACACAGGUCAGGUUUAGCAGCCUCCUUUUGGCUCACAGUGAUCCAGAUGUAUAUGAGUGAUUUGUUUGUCACCAGUUAGUAGGGCUAAUGUUGGUUUUCAUGUUCUAGUACUGAGUGUUCUGGUACCUAGACAGGAACUAGAGCUGUUUGCCAGCAGUCAGAUGGAUACAGCAUGUUGUUGUGAGCCAUGGGAUCUCAGAUUCAUAAUUGUCUAUCCAGCACAUCAUGUGAGGUAGGUGUAACAGACCUUGAGCGGUUUGGUUGCAGGCUGUCUGUUCUUUAUCAGAAAAAUGGAAGUUAAAAGGUAAAAGUGUUUUGCCAAAUUGCUUCUGCAGAGCCGAGAUAUCCUUUUAGUUUAAAUGUAUGAUCCCAGUACCCAAAAGGACUCUGGGAGUCCGAGUCAGAUCUGUGACAUGAAGUGAGAGAAAGCAUGAAAGGGGAUCCUACUCCCAGCAAUGGAACUGUAAUGUCAUUAUCAUUAUCAUGAACGGAUACAUUCUAAUCAUCUACACGUUAACUCUCUCAGCUAACAUAGCACGCAGGAAUGAGCUUCUUAGAGCUUAGAUCUGUUUACUCUUACAAAGAAUUAAUUCCUUGAUAACUUGUUCCCAGCCUCCACCCUGUGUAGUUUUGUUGCUUCAGAUUUAACAGUGUAUGAAGCCUUUCCUUCAAAAUUCUGAAACAUAACUUUUGUCAUUUUGAAACAGAUUGUUUGAUUUAAGAAAAUCUUCGGGAUGUUUAUCCCCAUGCAGAGAAGAAACAGGAGUGUUUAAUUCAUGCUUAAUGUUUUCCAGCAUAUUAAUGUAACUCGAGAGCGUACAGGAUUAUUUGGCUGCCUAACCAGGGUUGUCUUCGAUUUCAUUUCAGUUCAUUCUGAAGAGAUUAAGAAGCCUGAUUUUAAAUGAAUGUGCAUAAAUAAAUUACAUAUCAAAUUCUCUAUUAAAGACUUUUCUCAGCUUGAAAUAAUUGGAAUUUUAAUGUGAAUUAUCAGUGUUUUCAUUUUUAAAGCCGUUGAGGUGUCUGAUGCCUCAUCAGUAUUGUCCCUGAUCAAAGUAUUCUCAAUUGGUGUGUCGCUAAAAUGUUGUGAUUUGUGCAUGUUCGAAGAGAGAGUUAUUUCAACACUACUGGUCAGCAGGAUGUUGAGAAUUGAUAUUUUGGGGUUUAGUUUCAGUAAAUGUUUUUAUUUUGUGUUUGUUUUGCGUUUCUUAUGGUUGUAAAUCCUAUCUUACAUGUGAUGUCCAAGGCAGUAAGAGAACAAGAACAUGCCAUCGCUAGUGGCCACCCUGCAGAAAUUUCAAGUUCUUCUUUUUCUAUUUCUUACGUGCUUAUAUCAUCAGCUCACUAUUAGACUCUCCAUUCUGAAGAAUACAGUUUGUGUAACAGUUUUUGCUUGGCAACUUUUUUUUUUUUUUGUUUUGUUACGUUGUUUGUAAUUUAAGAAUAAAUUGUGUCAUUUCAUCAUCCUACAAGGAUCUGCUUUUUGUCCUGUUGUCUUUAAAUAUUAGUGUAUUUUUCUUUGGCUUCUCAUGACUGGAUGACUUUUUUCCCCUCAAAAUAUAUCUGUCUUGAGUCAGUGUUAUGUAAGAGGGGCCAUCAAUGGGUCCAUUGUAAGUAAGAUUUUAUCCUAUUUCACCACACACCACCUGUUUUGUUCUUGAAAGAAAAAUAAAACUGCUAAAGAGGGGCAAAAGUAGUGAGUAUCUUUUCUUAUCAUAACCGCUUUCAAAUUAGGUCUUGGAUCAAAGUGAUGAUGCAUGGACCAAAAAUGUCAAUCAUUGUGGUUUAUCUAAUAAAAUCAGAUUUAAAAAAAAAAAAUCAUGUUUACUGAUGCAAAAUAUUGAUGUUGGACCAUAUAUACCAAAUAUUGAUGUUCUGCUCAUCAUAACCAUAAGAGGCCUCUUGAAUCUCUUCUUGGCUCACCUUACAGUUAUUUGGUAUUCUGACCACAGUAGCUAUUAGAGCUCCAGCUGGGUGUCUUGCCAGGAAACAUACGACCCCUGGAAGGCAAACAGGAGAUAAAGGCCUGGUAUCCUUCGCAGAACUGUCCGUUCUAACCAUUUCUGUCAGUUCAUAUUUGUGUUUUUGCAAAGCCUCAUUGACUGUAUGAACCCAUUUUAAAUGUAUGCAGUAACAAAUGAGCUACAAAUCAGUUCUAAAUCUUACAAAUAUUCUGGAUGCAUUUUUCAGCUCAGUAGUGCAGCAUGGAUGAGAGACAGAAAACCAGCCAGAUAAUGCUCUUACCUACAGCUGAUAAUCUCUCUUUAGAACAGAAACAGAGAGAGCAGAUCUUCAAGGCCACAGUAAUACAUCACGAACAUAGAGAAAUCUGGAGGCUCAGCUGAAUUAACCAGAAACACAGUGGU